AUGCGUCGCCAAACGCCCCUAGCCCACCAACUCUACAGCUACCUCUACCCCCACCCCACCUCCAACGAUCCCCCAACCUUCUCCGCCCACCUAGCCAAGAACCUCGUCCCCGAAGUCCGCAUCGAAGUCGCCACCUUCUACGGCGACCUCAACAGCACCGAAGCCCGCUAUCCCGGCCUCAACUACUGCCAUCCCCCGCACCGCAUGCGGCUGGGCCGCUUCAAACACCACAAACGCCUCUUCGACGCUUUCGACACGCUGGGUCUGACGUACCACGAGAUUCAGGAGUUCUGCUGCUGGGAGGGCACCAAGUGGGCGAGAGAGCGGUAUGAGAAGGAUGAGGGGACGAGAGUGCUGGAUACCACGGGCGAUGAGAUUGGGCCGUAUGUGGAUCGGAGGGAGCUGAGCGAGUGGGAUGAGGAGAGCCGGAGAAGCAUCACGCGGAAAACCGAGAUAUCGGUGAUUGUGGAGGAGCCGGAGGGAAGGCGGCGACACGCUGCUGCGAUGGAGGAGGAGGAAGACGAAGAUGAGGACAUGAGUGACGACAUGGGCUCGGAAGCCGGAGACGAUGCCGACGAGAGCAAUGGUGAGAACGGGCAUCAGACGCCAACGCUGCGACAGCACCACGUCUUUGCCGCGUGGCAACAGGGCCGAAGUGUGCCGCCGGAUAUCGAGCAGUACCUCAAAGAGGCAAGCGAGCGAGGCGUCCUCGGCGACUUACAGCGCACCCUCACAAGUCCACGAUCGUCAGUGUCGUACAUUCCUCGCACCACUACGACGGCGUCCGCGACUUCGAAUGCUGUGGCACCCCGUGCUGCUGCGUAG